AUGCUUCUCUCCAGCCUUCUGAAAGUGGUCGUGGCUUCACUGUGUAUAGGAUCCAUUAUUGCCCAGAAGGUAACUCAAGACCAACCACAAGUACUAGUGCAAGAGAAGGAAGCUGUAACCCUGGACUGCAAGUAUGACACCAGUGAUUCACAGUAUAAUUUAUUCUGGUACAAGCAGCCCAGCAAUGGGGGGAUGAUUCUCCUUGUUCGUCAGGAUUCUCAUAACCAGCAAAAUGCCACAGAAGGUCGCUACUCAUUGAAUUUCCAGAAAGCAAGAAAAUCUAUCACACUUGUCAUCUCAGCUUCACAGCUGGAGGACUCUGCAGUGUAUUUCUGUGCACUGAGAGAGCCCACAGUGGGACGUGUGGAGGAGGGACCUGCACCAAAACCCAGGGCCCUGCUCCACCUGCCGUAG